GUCCCGGAAUCCGGCGGGACGGUGCAGGACUGAGCGUGGCGGGAGUCAUGGGCGGCGGCCGGGCGGCAGCGGGCGGGCGCCGGUAGCGGCCAUGGACGGGCCGGGAGGGCUGCGGCGGGCGCGGCGGCUGUGCCACUGGGGGCCGCUGGUGGCCCUGGCGGUGGUGGUCGUGUGCUCCGCCACCGCCAUGGCCGACGCCGCGCUGUGGUACUGGCCCCUGGACACUGCCGGAGGAAGCGUCAACUUCAUCAUGCUCCUCAACUGGACCGUCAUGAUCCUUUACAACUACUUCAGCGCCAUGUUUGUCGGCCCGGGGUACGUCCCUCUGGGGUGGACGCCGGAAAAAUCUCAGGAUUGCAUGUAUCUUCAAUACUGUAAAGUGUGUCAGUCUUAUAAGGCACCACGUUCACACCACUGUCGAAAGUGUAACAGAUGUGUCAUGAAGAUGGAUCACCACUGCCCUUGGAUCAACAACUGUUGUGGAUACCAGAAUCAUGCAUCUUUCACUCUGUUUCUUCUCUUAGCCCCACUGGGAUGCAUUCACGCUUCUUUCAUAUUUGUUAUGACUAUGUACACUCAGCUUUACAACAGAAUAUCUUUUGGGUGGAGCUCUGUAAAGAUUGACAUGAGUGCAGCCAAAAGAGACCCUCGACCCAUUAUUCCCUUUGGACUGUCUGCAUUUGCUGCAUCUUUAUUUGCCUUAGGACUGGCGUUAGGAACAACUAUAGCUGUCGGUAUGCUGUUUAUUAUUCAGAUGAAAGUCAUUUUGACAAACAAAACUUCAAUCGAGUCCUGGAUUGAAGAAAAGGCCAAAGACAGAAUCCAAUACUACCAAACGGGUGAGACCUUUGUUUUUCCCUAUGACAUGGGAAGUAAAUGGAAGAACUUCAAGCAAGUGUUUACAUGGUCUGGGAUUCCUGAGGGAGAUGGCUUGGACUGGCCAGUGAGAGAUGGCUGUCAUCAAUACAGUUUGACGAUCGAGCAACUGAAACAGAAAGCAGACAAGCGAGUAAGAAGCGUGCGGUAUCGAGCAAUAGAAGAUUACAGCGGCGUCUGCUGUCCUAUGACUAAAGGCAUUAAAACAUUCUUCACAACACCAUGCACUGAAGAACCCAGAAUUGCACUGAGCAAAGGAGAUCUGAUUUUAGCCACAAGAGGCUUAAAACACUGGAUGUAUGGUGAGAAGAUUCUGGACUCAGCUGCUGAUGGUGGAAUGAGAGAACGAGGCUGGUUCCCUAGGAGGUGUGUGGAAAAAUGCCAAUAUGACUCUGAAACGGAUCAACCAGUGGAUGGAGAGAAGAAGAACAGAUAGCCUUCUUAUUUUUUAAAUGAGAGAUGGAGUUUUUACUUCAAACCACAAUCCUUUACUUGAAAUUUUCUGUGUAUUACUUUAGACUUAUGCAAUGAAUAUGGUAGGACAAGGGUUUCUUUUCCUUGCAGCUGAAAGGGGUUGAUAUGCCUGUGCCAUGGUUCCCAUACUUUUUUGAACACUUAAUAACUGGAGAAGCCAUUCAAUGGAUUGCCUUCAAGAUUCAUCUUUAUCAUCCAAAGACAAUGGUCUCCCUUUUUUUCCUGUUUAAAUUGCAUUCUGAGGGUUCAUAUUUUAGGUUUUUCCCUCAACUGCAUCCAAUCAUGCUGUGUGCUGCUUAUCUUUUGUAUUUUACUUUCUCUGAAGCUGCCCUUGAGAGCUCUGAAAUAAACACUUGAUUCAGAUUCAAGAUGAAA